GAACCCGGAGUGAGUUGUCUUCAGGCUGGGAAGAUGGCGUCGGCCAUGCUGGUGUUGGUUCUUCCGCCGUGGCCGUCAGCCCGGGGGCUGCUCCGAAACUGCUUGGAGCGGCUGCAGCGGAACCUUCCGCAGAGCCGACUGGGCUUUCCCAGCCUUCCUUCGGGACCAGCAUUAGCAGUCCAGGGCCCAGCGAUAGUUGGAGAACAAGCAGAUGAUACCAGUGGAAGUAAGGAGAUUUCCAGCCUUUUGGAUGGUAUCUUUUGGAUGGCAGCUCCCAAAAACAGACGCAGUAUUGAAGUUAACCGGUGUAGGAGAAGAAACCCUCAGAAACUUAUUAAAGUUAAGCAUAAUAUAGACGUUUGUCCUGAAUGUGGUCACCUGAAACAGAAACACGUCCUUUGUGGCUAUUGCUAUGAGAAGGUGCGCAAGGAGACUGCAGAAAUCAGAAGACAGAUAGGGAAAGCAGAAGGGGGUCCUUUUAAGGCUCCUACCACAGAGACAAUGGUUCUGUACGCGGGAGAGACACCAGCAGAACAAGAUCAGGGCAAGAGGAUCAUUGAACGAGACCGGAAGCGACCAUCCUGGUUUACCCAGAAUUGACACCACAGAUGUUUAAAGAGGAUAACUUCACAGUAAAACACUUUUCCUGAAUGAUGAAGAUUUUUUUUCUUAUGUUGUUUUAUACCUGUUAAUAUUUUUAAAUCAUCAGUAUGGUUGAAAUCAUUCUUUACAAGGAGUUAGUUUUGUGGGGAAUAAUUUGAGGAAUAUAUCAUGAAUAAACAAUGCUUGUACAGAGUCCAUACACUGUAAGCAUAAAACCUCCAGAAGAGAAAAAUAAAACAAAUACUUUAAAAUUCAUAGCAAGAA